UGAGUUCCCAAAUGGGCUCUCUCUUUCCUCUCACUUUGAUGAUUCUUUCACUGGCAUCUUCAGCAGCUACUAAAGCUCAAGCUCAAGGUAUCAAAUCGGCUCGUCUUCUUGAUCUUGUCAUUAGAGAUUACACAUUCCAGUCGUACGACAAAUACUUUGGGACAGGCAAAUUACACACCUUGGAUUUACCAGCAAACCUCUCGGGAAUUAAGGUCGAUACAGUAAGGUUUCGUUGUGGCAGUCUUCAUCGAUAUGGUGCAAGAGUUAAAGAAUUCAAUUUGGAUGUUGGUGUAACUGUGCACCCUUGUGUGGAGAGAGUCAUGGUAGUUAGACAAUACCUCGGAUCAAACUGGUCAUCUAUAUAUUAUGAUAAUUAUGAAUUAUCAGGGUAUCAACUUAUUUCACCUGUUUUAGGCCUACUAGCUUACAAUGCUGGUGACAAUAUAAACUUCAGUACCCCAUUCGAGAUUGGGAUUCAAGCCGGAGAAAAUCCCAUUACCAUUGAUUUUAGCAGUACCGCAAGGGCUAACACCACAUCAGGGAUUAUACCAUUAUGUGCUAGUUUUGAUAGCGAUGGCAAGGUAACAUUGGCGAAUCAAGUGUCACCGAAUGUUUGUGCUGCAAUGAGGCAUGGCCAUUUUGGAUUGGUUGUUGAAUCGCCGUUGUUGCCAUUGAGGAAGAAAAUUAGUACAUGGAAGAUGGCGGUUGGGACCUCAAUUGGAGCUGCAUUGGGAGCCUUUCUUCUAGGUCUGCUUUUGAUUGCUUUGUUUGCUAGGGUGAAGAAGAAAGCAAGAAUGGAGGAAUUGGAGAGGAGGGCCUAUGAAGAGGAAGCUCUACAAGUUUCCAUGGUUGGGCAUGUGAGGGCUCUUACUGCACCAGUCACCCGGACAGUGCCUUCAAUUGAGCAUGAGUAUAGGCCUCCUCCUCCUUGAAUUCCUCAUAUUUGUUCUUAUUCUUUUUGUAACAUUAUCCGAAAAUGAAAGAAUUUGAUAGUUUAUAGAUAGAAAAGUUGAGCAAAUUUGCAUAGGCUUCCAGUCCA